AUGAAGAUCAGGAAGCGAGUCAAGAUUGGUUUACCACCUCAACAAGCGACAGAUGAUGGUAUAAACGCCAAGAAGCUGAGUAAGGCAAGCCUUAGUCUCUUAGAUGACCAUCAAGACGACGAUGAGGAUAACGUCGAAGUACCUCUGGGGACAUUCAAGAGGAAAGGAAAGGUAGUGGAGGCAAUUGAGUCACUACAACAAGAGAGUACUAGUUAUGGAGACAUCUUUAGUAAAAAACCAGUGAGUCGUGUGAUGAAUCUAGAAGAUAUGGCUGAAGAGGACGAUGACGACUCAUUGAGUUUUCCUUCUAAAAAAGAGAUCGAGGAGCUGAAGAGUAAUAAACUCAAAGCUCAGGCUACUCAGAAGAAGAAAGAUGCAAUCAGUGAAAAGGUUUAUGUAUCACUAUUGGAUGAUGACGAUAAGCUAGAGAUUAUGGAGAGCAUCAAGAAAAAUGGCGGAACAGAAAACACACCCAGCGAUCCCGAUAUCGAUAUGCUCGACGAGGAGAGGCUCCCGUUGAGUAGCAGAGAGUCUCUUCUCCAUAAGGAACGUUUGAAACAGACAAUUGAGGAAGCUCUUAAAUCCCAAGAUGACGAGUCUUCAAACGCCUGGGAAUCACAACUUUUAUCCAAAGGAUCAGGACAAUCACAGCAAGCGAUAGAUAUCCCUAAACUUCCAAAACUUCAUCCUUCGGAAUCUGAGGAUAACGUCAAUGACUCAGACCCUCUUGCCCAAACAAUUGAAUCUGUAUCUUUCCGGAAAACGCAAUUGAUGAAGCAAUUGACUACUUUACAAGCUCAAAAGGCAACUCUAAAAACGCAGCAAGACGCAUUGACUCAUCAAUUUAACCGUCUACAACAAGAAAUACAUUGA